CUGGGUGACUCAGCCGCGUGGCCGCGCCGGCGGGUGGGGGUGGGGCGGGGAGCGCCGCUGCGGCAAGGCCGGUCCCCGCGGCGGCUGCUCGCGGCGCCGAGUGCGCGCCUCCCGGGCGGGUUCGGGCCCGAGCGGCGGGGAGCGGCAGAUCUGUUCUGAGGACCAAGAUUCAUUUGGGGGAUGGUUACAGAAUUGAACCAUGGACUUCUUUCUGAUCAAGCAGACAGUUCAGGAUACAGAGUCCAAGGAUGAACGUUCACUGUGGCAGUGAGAGUGACAGGUUCCUGCGGCCAGAGGCCAGCUGCCUGAUGGAUGAAACCUCAGCUGCAGCCCAAGAAAAAGAAACAAAUAAUCUGACUUCUUCUGGUCUUCAAACCCUUGCUUAUCCUCUAGGUCCCAGGAAUGAUGACCUUUCACUCGACCCUGCAUCUCAGCCAGCAAACCUUCAGUUCCCGCACGUAAUGCCACUUCCCGAAGACAUCAAAGGCUCUUGCUUCCAGAGCGGGAAUAAGCGUAACCAUGACCCCUUUCUUGCUCCAGAACGAUUUGGAAACAGCACUGUGGGCUUUGGCAGUAAUGUUCAUUCCCAGGCACCAGAGAAAGUGACUCUUCUCGUAGAUGGCACACGUUUUGUUGUGAAUCCACAAAUUUUCACUGCUCAUCCAGAUACCAUGUUGGGAAGGAUGUUUGGACCAGGAAGAGAGUACAACUUCACGCGGCCCAACGAGAAGGGGGAGUAUGAGAUUGCUGAAGGAAUCAGUGCAGCUGUGUUUCGAACGGUGCUGGAUUAUUACAAAACUGGUAUCAUCAAUUGUCCUGAUGGCAUCUCUAUCCCAGACCUUAGAGACACGUGCGAUUAUCUCUGCAUUAACUUUGACUUCAACACUAUCCGAUGUCAGGAUCUGAGUGCUUUACUGCAUGAACUGUCUAACGACGGUGCUCACAAGCAGUUUGAUCACUACCUCGAAGAGCUGAUCCUGCCCAUCAUGGUGGGCUGUGCCAAGAAGGGCGAGCGCGAGUGCCAUAUCGUUGUGCUGACAGAUGAGGAUUCUGUGGACUGGGAUGAAGACCACCCCCCACCCAUGGGGGAGGAAUAUUCCCAAAUUCUUUACAGCUCUAAGCUCUACAGAUUCUUCAAGUACAUUGAGAAUCGGGAUGUCGCCAAAACAGUGUUAAAGGAGCGGGGCCUGAAAAACAUUCGCAUUGGAAUUGAAGGUUACCCUACCUGUAAAGAAAAAAUUAAGAGAAGACCUGGUGGCCGAUCUGAAGUAAUCUAUAAUUAUGUACAGCGCCCCUUUAUCCAGAUGUCGUGGGAAAAGGAAGAAGGAAAGAGUCGCCAUGUGGAUUUCCAGUGUGUUCGAAGCAAAUCCCUCACUAAUCUGGUAGCUGCUGGAGAAGACGUCUUAGAGGACCAGGAGGUACUAAUGUACCACCCACCCCAAGUGGAUGAACUUGACCGGCUAAAUGCCCCACUUUCUCAGAUGGCCUCUAAUGACUUUCAGGAUUAGGGCCAGUUGUGGGUUCACCCCUCUUCAGAGGUUUUCUGUCUGGGAGGCCCACAGCCAGUGCUCCCCGUGGUUUGUCUCACCCUGAGUAGGAGACAUGCUUCUCCCUCAUCCUUUCUCUUUCUCCAUAAUCAAAGUGUGUCCUUUUCAGUCAGUCUGUGCCUCUGGCAGGGGAUGAAAGCACUCACUGGUAAUUAAGCUACCAGCUUUACAGCAGCCUUGGUAACUUGAAAAAUUUGGGUCUGGUGCUGUUCACUGAGUCUUUGCAUUACUGCAAAAGCAGGAAAAGAAGUCAGGACUCCUCUUGCCUCAUGCUCAGCAAAGCAAUCCUCAUCCUUGACACUUUGUUCCUGGCUUUGUUUUGUUUUGUUUUGUACCAGGCAAAUUACUGAGCAAAGGGACCAAACUUAAAAGACAAUCUCUGUCUUCUGCAAACAGGCACUAAUGGGAUGCUCAUUAGAGGUUAAUGAAGAUGCCAUUCCUGGUGGCCCGUGUGCCCAGAUUGCACCUGGGAAGAACUGGGCCCUCAUUCAAAAUGUGCAAAAGGAACUUUGUAAGAGCUUCAGUUCAGUUCUGUUUUUCAUUAAUUCAGUGAACAAUCCAACCACACAGAGAGAUUCUCUGACAGGAGGGACAGUGGCAUAACAAUGUUUAGGAAACCUUUUUAGCUUCAAGGUUUUUGAGCCUAAACAAAUUGAUUAUUCAUUUGGAAUGAAACUUAGAACUGAAGUAGAACUCUCUAAAUCAGGCCACUUUGAUUAUCCUGGCUCGGAAUCUAGUAUGAAGCCACAGGUCUUCACCCUAGGGCAGCACGUUGCUGUGGGUAUCGCUGGGAGACGACAGAUACAGCUUAGAGGCAUUCCAGAUGUGGGCAGAAGUUUCUCACAAGUGCUCAGUUUCUCAGUAGACUUGUAAUAAGAGCUCCAGGGAGGAGGGGGCAUUUGGGGUGAAGCUGGGUGGGGAAACAUCACCUGCUCAGGUUUUGUCCCCAUGCAGAAUUUUUCUUUGUAUAUUCUUUUCAUACUGUGGAAUUUUUUUGCAUAUCAGGCUAUUUCAGUUUUUGAAAUAGCCUAUCAGCUGCUCACACUGGGUAAGGAAACCAUAAUAAUGUCAUCCCCAAAGGAAGGAGGAGUUGAAGGGAGAUUAGGCCUAGUAAUUUUGUUUGCUCUUCAGCUAUGGAUUAACAAUGCAUGAUGAUGACAACCCAGAACACACUCCCAGUCCCCCCAGUACUGAUGACCUUCCCUGAUGUCCCAUGGCUAUUAACAGCAGAGCAAAAUUUAGUCUAGAGCCAGGUGUAAGUGUCUUGGGAUUAUCUCCCAUUUUGUGGUAGAGCUUGGCCUUCCAGGUACCUACCCAGAGCAUUUACUCAUCACAGAUUAUGAAGAGGCACAUAGUUUCCUUCAAGUUCUUUAAGAUGAGAACAUGACUGUUUUCUUAAAUUCCAUUCCCGUAAGAUACUAUAAGGCAAGCUACUUGAUUCCAUUUUAUGACUGCCCUAGUCACAAUCCUCCAAAGGUAAAGUCAGAUGGGUGAUGAAAGCUAUUCUUUGCAGGCUUGAACAAGGGUUCUUAAGUGUGUUCUCCGUGCGUGUGAACAGCAUCACAGUGGAAAUCAAUGCUCUGUUCCUUACGCAGAAAAAGCCCUAGUAAGGAGUUAAACUGAGCCAAUUCCCACGUGCAGAGUUCUUCUGAUUACCAUUGGCAUCCAUUUGUAAGGCUGAUGGCCAGGGUUAAGGUUUAGGGUUAUUUUGUAGCCAGAGGGUAGUUUUAUUUCUGUGAAACUAAUGGGCUCAUAUUUGAGGUCAGGUUUGGCUUUGAGCUUACCUACAUUCAUACAUUCAACUAGCAGUUGACCAGUCCAGGUGAUUAUUUAAUGGUGCUUCCUCUAUGCUUUUCAGUUGACUCCCAUGCCAUCACAAAGGAAAUUUGAAUUAACUAUGUAGUCUCUGACAAGUAUGUGUAACUUCUGUUAUACAGCUUGCGUACUCUUAACAUUCAAGUGUAAACAUGCUCCAGCUAACACUCUAAAACUCAUUAGUCCUUGCUUAGGUCAAAAGCCAGGUAUGAAAGUAUGGCAUGUAAUUAACAAGUUGUUCUGUGUGAUUAAUUUCCUCAGGCUGUCAAGAACUGGGUCUUUUUUCCUUCCAAAUUGGGUCAACAUGCUUUUGGCCCCAAACCUUGGAGUUUGAGUGAGCUGGGAAUCUGUGGAGGUAAAUGUGCCAGUGUCACCAGGUGGUGUGUCUGAGGGAGAAGCUGGCCCACAGGUUCCUUCCUCCCAGCCUGCACUCAGCAGCACUGUGAUUGGAUGGUUCCCUUCAGCCACAGCUGCUCUGUCCCCAGGGCCAGGACAUUCCGCAAUGGCAGGACCUCAGUCCUCGCAGGGACAAGGGCUGGAUUGUGCCCAUUCCCUUCAGAGUCAGUUACUGGCCAGAUGGGCAAGAGGUGUUUCUAAUAAAAAAGCUGGAACUCAGGUCUGGUGUUUUUUCUAAGUGCCUAAAAAGUAAGCCAGGCUGCUUAUACAGAAACAUUUUCACAGGAAAAUGGUUUUAACUCAGGCUGUCUUACUCAGAGGUGUCUCAGCAAGCCAAGAUGAACCUGAAUUUGAGGUUUAGAAUCUGAGUGUGUGUCUGCAUCCUGUCACGUACAGUUCCUUAGGAAACACUGCCACUGAGGAGCUGGAGAGCAGCAAGGAGAUGGCGUCACACUGUGUCUCGUGAGAUUACUUACUGGUUUCCCCAGCGUGGAGGAAAGGUGUUAAAAGGAUGAUAGCUAAAGGGUAAGGAAACUAGAAAGUAGUUGUAUUUACUGCACAAUAUGCAAUAGCCAAUAUUAUUUUAAACUAAAUUCCAGGAGAACUGUGAUACCUGAUGUAUAGAGGUCUAUGAAAGUAUUGUGGAGUAAGCCUGGGAAGGGGGAAUAUAUUUUCAGAUAGUGUCCCAACGGGUCCUUGUCUAAGUAAAAUCAGAGCACAGGCUUUAACUCAAAUUGUCAAAAUGUGAUGUGGAGGCUUUUUAAUCGAGUGUCAAUAGAAAGUUAAGAAUCAGGGGGUAUUAGUAAUUUAUUCAAUGCCACUUCUUGCCAUCGUUUUGAAAUUGUUCAAAUGGGCAUAGUGAGUUCAGAAAGCAAACCUGACGCCUUCAUGGGAGAUGGAGCCACAUUCGCACUCUGGGUGGGAUCACCUGCAGGAGAACGUUACAUUUCUCAAAGGCAAAAUGCUUGCAGGUUUUGCCCCUUUACUUUGUAUUGACUUUUAAAGUUGCACUUGUUCACCUACCAGUGUUUACGGAAACCUAUAUUUGGGAUGCUUUUUCUAUAAUAAUAAAAUAUUAUCAUUUGC